ACCGAUGCGCCCGACACCAGGAGUCCCCAGCAUAGGGAAACUGAUAGCCACUGCGUAGGGAGUCGAGAAUCCGACAUGCGAGACGUGGCCACCCUGAGGUCUGAUCAAGUGCGAUUAGAUUCGCACAUGUCUGCGAGGACGUUGUUUCCCGACGCCGAGGAGAGUCCAUCCCGCCGUGCGCAGCAGGGGUCUCCUGUGCACAACACCUUGCUCCUGGAAGAGGGCGAACACUGGCGGUCUCGCGCCGUGCUGGAGGGGCCCACUGCAGGAGUGUUGGAGACCGGGGCUGGCGAGUGCGAACGUCAUGCUUCGGAGGGUGUGUCAGUCGACGUUGACAGCAAGAGUACAGCGGCUCCUGGGGAAGAGGAGCGCUCUCCGGAAGCGCAUGUUGUACAGCGGGAAGAGGAGACUGAACACUGGCAGCCUCGCACAGUGUUGGAGACCGGGGGUAGCGAGUAUGAGCGCCAUGCUUCGGAGGGUGCGUCCGUGGACACUGACAGCGAGAGUACAGCAGCUCCGGGGGAAACGCAUGCUCUGCAGCGAGAAAAGGAGACUCAACACAGGUCGGCUUGCGAAGUCGUGAAGGGGCUCGACGCAGGAGUGUUGGUGAUCGGGACGUCCGAAGAGGUUCCGCACAGUAGUUCGGAUGUGGCCACGACGCGAGAGGGUGUCGUUAAGGGACAUCAGUGGACGUUCGUCGAAGCUCCCCUUCUUGGCGAUGAUGAAGGCGAAGAAGAACCCGUGGUGGAGGCUCGGGUUCUUGGCGACAAGAAAGGCGGAGAACCCAUGGUGGAAGGCGGUGAGGUGACGGUCGUCAUCCAGAUGGAUCCACAGUGGAAAGAUGAUGAUUCUUCGCCCACCGGUAGUGGUGAAGAACAGGGUGAUCGAGUGUCUGUCCACAGUGCCGGUCGUGAAUUGGUACUUCAUGAAACCAUCGAGUUGGGUAACGACUCGGCUGCCACCGAGCUGGUUAGCGACUCAGGUGUGGCCAAGGUGCAGAACGUCGAAUCCUCCGUGGAAGUCGGAGAGGUAGCCGUCAGCAUCAAAGAUGGAUCCAGAGUGGAAAGGUCAUGAUUCUCCAUCCACCUGUUGCGGUGCAGAACAGGGUGAUCGAGCGUCUGUCCUCAGUACCGGUCGGGAAAUGGUGCUUCAUGAAGCCAUCGACUUG